UUGAGGAGGCUUAAACUUUUUUUUUUUUUUAUAAUGGUAGUGGAGGUGGAAAGCUUCUACGGUGUGUACAUGCUUUACUGCACAAACCCAAAAUUCAAAGGCCGCAUCUACAUCGGCUUCACGGUGAAUCCUGAGCGGCGGAUUGGACAGCACAACGCCGGGAGGCACAAAGGAGGCGCAAAGAGAACCAGCGGCAGAGGGCCGUGGGAGAUGGUUCUUAUUAUCCACGGCUUCCCCUCGGAUAUAGCUGCCCUGAGGUUCGAGUGGGCGUGGCAGCACCCCCACUCCUCCAGACGGCUUUCCCACGUCUCCCGGCGUUCCAAGAAGGAGAGCAGCCUGCAGUUCCACUGGCGCGUCGUCUCCAACAUGCUGAGGGUGGCGCCGUGGAGCAGGCUUCCUCUGACGGCCCGCUGGCUCAGGCAGGAGUACAGGAUGGACUUUGACCCCGGCCUGCAGCCCCCCCUGCACAUCCCCAUCGCCUUCGGCAGCGUGAGGGCCAAGAAGAAGCUGCCGUCGCCAUCUGCAGGGGAAGAGCUGAUGUCCACGUGCUUUCUCUGCAAGAAGAUGGCAACGGUGUCGGAGAAGCUGAGCUGCUUCCACCCGUCGUGUGAGAUGAGCAGCCAUUUAAUCUGCCUGGCCAGAUAUUUCCUGAGGUCGGAGCCGUCCAGCCUGCUGCCUGUGGAGGGACGCUGUCCGUCCUGCCGCCGCUCGCUGCUGUGGGGGAGCCUCGUUCGUUACAAGCAAGGCUGCUUGGGAGACCUGGAGGACGUCGCUCCGUCUGCAUCACAGAGCCACUGGGCAGAUGAACUGCAGAUGUAAAGAGAAGAAGGCUGAAAAAUGAAGUCAGUCUGUGCAUAAAUGUUCAUAUUCAUCAUGAAGUGCUUUUUUUUAACCACGUGAUUAAAAAUAUCAUGUUUAAAAAAAAUUCUGAAAUUAUUUUAAUGCUUUCAUUUCUACAGAAUUUGUUCUGUCCUUGUUUGUUUUUGUAAAAUAAAUCUUAAAUUAUU